CUAUUCAUUUUCUGCUGAUCGCCUCCCAACUUUCAUUGUCUAUUCGCCUCAAGACCCACCGAUUCCCAGCCGAGCAUUCAGGAUUGUUGUUCCUUUUGCUCAUCAUGCAUCGGACAACCAGGAUAAAGAUCACUGAGCUCAACCCUCACCUAAUGUGCGUCCUGUGCGGAGGAUAUUUCAUAGACGCAACCACCAUCAUCGAAUGUCUUCACUCAUUCUGCAAGAUGUGCAUUGUGCGCUAUCUGGAAACCAGCAAAUACUGUCCCAUCUGUGAUGUACAAGUGCAUAAAACCAAGCCUCUGCUCAACAUAAGGUCUGACAAAACUCUGCAGGACAUCGUGUAUAAACUGGUGCCUGGCCUCUUCAAAAAUGAAAUGAAGAGGAGAAGAGACUUUUAUGCCGACCACCCUGUAGACGCGUCUAAUGGAUCCAAUGAAGAUCGUGGCGAGGUGGCAGACGAAGACAAGAGAAUUAUUACAGAUGAUGAGAUCAUCAGCCUCUCUAUUGAGUUUUUUGAUCAGAGCAGACUGGGAGGUGGAGCAGAGGAGAAGCAGCCUAAAGAUCAGGUGGCUAACAAAAGGUACCUUCAGUGUCCAGCAGCCAUGACAGUCAUGCAUCUGCGGAAGUUUCUGCGCAGCAAAAUGGACAUCCCAAACACCUACCAGGUUGAAGUCAUGUAUGAAGACGAGCCUCUGAAAGAUUACUACACGUUAAUGGAUAUAGCAUAUAUCUACACCUGGAGAAGGAACGGCCCGCUGCCGCUGAAGUACCAGGUCCGACCCAACUGUAAGAAGAUGAAGGUGAGCCACGCGCAGCAGGAGGGCCAAAACAGCGCGAGCAGAUCCGGUCCGGAGAGCGACUCUGCCAGCGACAAAGCCGGAAGUCCCACGGGGGCUCCGUCCACGUCCUCGUCGCUCCCGAGCCCGGGCACGCCGGCUCAGUCCCCUCACCCGCAGCUCCCACCACACGGCCCCAACAACGUGAACGGGACCCCGGCAGUCGCUGCACCACCGGCACCGGGACGCGCCUUCACCCAGUUCGGCAGCGGCGGCAGCAAACCCCGGAAAGUUUCUCUGAACGGCUCGUCGACCUCCUCUGGAUGACGCGGGGCUCCAGACCGGACCGGACCAGCCAACGCCAGACAUCCGCUCAGCUAAUACUGUCUUCAUGCCAACUGGAAGAGGAUUCUGCGUGUUUGCCCCCACAAGUCUCACUUUGGAAGUGUUUCAGGCAUCGAUCCUGUCUCAAUGAAAGGAAAGCCGUGUGCUUGGGAAAAAUAAGUUUGUAUUAGCGCUGUUGGCUUCACGGGAAAAAAUGCCUAUAAUAUGGAGGAAAAAUCCACUUUUCUUCGCCUUUUACUGGAAAAAAAAACAAACUUUCUUGUAGCUGCAGUGGAAGUGGAUCCUCCACGUCUUUAACACGUAUAAGCAGUUUUAGAGAAUCCACGUGUAAAUAGAGACAAAAUGCAUAUUUAAUCAGCGAUGAUGUUAUUCUCUUAUUCCCCUUUGUUCUGAGGGAAUGACUUGGGCUCCUGUUCAGCUCCAUUUCAUGCUCAACGACAGAUGUUUUGAUGUCUCCCGUGUUUUCCGUAUUUGUAUCGCUCGAUUGUAUGAACAACUUAUUGUAUUGUUACUGUUGCACAGUAUAAAACAUCUAAAUAAAAACAUUUUACACUUA